AUGACAGACCAAGGUUUCCAUGCUAGAUCAAACAGCUUGCCAGCAAGAUCCCACCCCAUGAUAGCCACAGCAGAGGAAGAGCUGAACAAGCUAAAAGCUUGUGUCAUGGUGUCACCAAAGAUGAUCUGCAAAUCAUUGAGCAGUCUUGGUGUUUUCUAUGACUGCAUUGAAGAGCUUCUUCACUUGCAUAGCACCCAACAGGUCUUCUCGCAUUCACAGGAGAAGAAAUGGGUGGAAGAGGAGUUGGAUGCUUCUCUAAGGUUGGUAGAGCUCUGUGACAUCAUAAGAGACACCUUAACUGUGACCAAAGAACAUGCUCAAGAACUUGAGAUGGUUCUAAGAAGAAAAAAAUGA